GGAAAAUCGGCGGUGCGUCACAGUAGUGUGGAGAGAAGGGCCCGAUCCCGGCUCCCGGUCUGAGUACCGCUCGCGUUCCGAAAAACCGGUCUGUACGCGGCUGUGCGCGCCUGCCGAGGAGCUACACGGGCAUCAGGUCGUGUUUACAAGCAGGCGAGGGUAACCAGCGGCCCCCGGACGCCCAUCGGACUGCCAUUUUUGAUGGAACAGGUUGUUGCUGGCUCCGCCGCGCCGGAAGAAAAUUGAUUUCCACUUGAUGGACGCACCAAGAUUCACAAGAUGAUUUCCACCUUGGACUACUGAAGACACGGCGAGAGGGCCACAUCCCAAGACAACAGUGGAGAAUGGCGUGCUGUGGUUCAAUGAUGAUUCGGGACACUUAGGAUGCAAAAUUAUGAUAGUCAGCAGACUUUGAUAUGGGCAUAAACUAAUUCCAAACAGAGUGAAACCUUUAUUUAAGUUUUCAUCAUGAUUUUUCUUGGCGUCAUUUUGCGGAUUGCAAAAUCAGAAUCUAUGGUUGUAACAGAAUAGAAAAGACAUCAAAACAAAGAAACUAUGUCGAAAUGGUGGUCGCUAAAGCGGAAAGUCGGCGCCGCAAACGACAGCGGACACAAGACAUCAGACGGCAACAUGCCUGGAUGCUCAACGAGUAAGAGAACGAGCUGGGGCAAGCCGCUCAUGGAACUGUCGGCCAACGCUCUGACCGCCACCGCCGUGACCAUCUCCCCCGGCGCUGGCCCGAGUCGGACGCUCACGACGGAAGCUGAUCCGGAGUCGGGCCGGGCGCAGCAGCACGGCGGGGCGGCGGCACAGCUCUCCCCGGCGGCGGGGACCCCUAGGAGGACCCUGAAGCCUCAGGCGGCCGUCAUGGAGGACGAGCUGGAGGUGUUGGACGACGGAGAGCGGUCUGCGUCGCGGAGUACACAUCGAAGGUCGGCGUCCCGAGCUAUCUCCACCGUAGACGACACCAGCUCAGAGAUCAUCAGGGUGGCCGGAGAGGACGGAAGGUCUGAAGGCGCCCCUUCCAGGCGAGGCUCGAGGAUGGGGUCCCGGCAGGGGGCGCUGUCCAGGAUCGUGCGGACCCUGCAGCUCAUCAGGACGUGGGCCACGCGGAGGCGGGAGGAGGAGGACGGCCCGCGGCCAGACUCGUUCCUGCAGAGAUUCCACAUGGGUCAGGUGAUCCAGGAGGACGAGGGAUGUAACAGCCGGGAGGGAGACAACGUGUCCCGGGCGGGGGCCGAGCCGCAGGGCGGCAACAAGGUGGCAAACAGGGUCCGUAAAGGGAAAGGACAGAGGUGGAUCGACUACGUCAUCGAUCCCGCCGAUAACUUCUACUACCGCUGGCUGCUGGUGAUCACAGCGGCCAUACUGUACAACUGGACCAUCCUCAUCACCAGGGCCGUCUUCUACCAGCUGCAGGCUGACUACUGGAGCCUCUGGAUGACGCUGGACUACAUCUGUGACGUCAUCUACAUCCUGGACAUGGUGGUCAGGUUUAGAACAGGAUACCUCGAACAGGGUCUGUUGGUUAAAGACGUGAAGAAGCUGUGCAAGCACUACAUCUCCACGUUCAACUUCAAGUUGGACUGCCUGUCCAUCCUGCCCCUGGACAUCCUGUACAUCGCCCUCGGAACGGUCAACCAGCCGGAGCUGCGCUUUCCUCGCCUCCUGCGAGUCCGCAGGGCACUGGAGUGCUUCGAGCGGACGGAAACACGAACGAACUUUCCCAACCUGUUCCGCAUCAUCAACCUCGUCCUCUACAUCUUCAUCAUCAUCCACUGGAACGCCUGCUUCUACUUCGCCAUCUCGAACUCGCUGGGCUUCGGUGUGGACGGUUGGGUGUAUCCCAACACGUCGUACCCUAUCAACAACACUCUCAGCAGGAAAUACAUCUACAGCCUGUACUGGUCCACCCUGACGUUAACAACCAUCGGUGAGACGCCGACGCCUGAGCAGGAUAUCGAGUUCGUGUUCGUGGUGUUUGACUUCCUGGUUGGAGUGCUGAUCUUCGCCACCAUCGUCGGUAACGUGGGCACGAUGAUCACCAACAUGAACGCCGUCAGGGCGGAGUUCCAGGCCAAGGUGGACGGCAUCAAGCAAUACAUGGAGUUCCGUCAGGUCUCGAAAGACCUGCAGAACAGGGUCAUCAAGUGGUUCGACUACCUGUGGACCAACCAGAAGUCCCUUGAUGAGGAGGAGGUGCUGAGAUCCCUGCCGGACAAGCUGAAGGCGGAGAUCGCCAUCCACGUGCACCUGGACACGCUGAAGAGAGUCUCCAUCUUCUCGGACUGCGAACCGGGGCUGCUGGUGGAGAUCGUGCUGAAACUAAAGCCACAGGUCUUCUCACCAGGAGACUACAUCUGCAGGAAGGGGGAUAUCGGGAAGGAGAUGUACAUCGUGAAACAGGGUAAGCUGGCUGUGGUGGCAGAUGACGGAAUCACCACGUUCGUCACCCUCAGCGAUGGGAGCUACUUCGGAGAGGUCAGCAUUCUGAACAUUACUGGCAGUAAAACCGGAAACAGACGGACAGCAAACGUGCGCUCCAUCGGCUACUCCGACCUCUUCUGCCUGUCUAAGGACGACCUGCUGGAUGCCUUAAAGGAGUAUCCUGACGCCAAGAACAUCCUGGAGGACCGUGGCAGGAAAAUCCUCAUGAAGGACGGUCUCCUGGAUGAGACAGUCCCGAAUGCCGGGAAGCUCGCCACGCCCAGGGAUGCUGAAGACAAGAUAGAGAAAAUGGAGCAGAGUCUGGACACGCUGCAGACAAGAUUUGCCCGUCUUCUCGCAGAAUACGCCUCUACACAACAGAAACUGAAGAAGAGACUGACCAAAUUGGAGCAGGGUCUGGUCAAUAAAGGCGGGAAACCAAGUGCUGGCCAGGAUGGGCAUGACUACAGCAGUGACGACGAGCUGACGUGCUAAGUCUUCAGAAACGUGCUGAGAACGUCUGCAGUGACGUGAUGGUGACGUAAGGUUACCAUGGUUACUGCAGCGACGAUGAGCUUACGUGCAGGGACACUUAACAAUGAGAUGACGUCGUGAGAAGCGUGUUGAGAACGUUUGCAGUAGCGACAUGAUGAUGACGUAAGGUUACCAUGGUUACUGCAGUGACAAUGAGAUGACGUCCUCAGAAACAUGUUGAGAACGUCUGCAGUAGUGAUGUGAUGACGACCUGAGGUUUCCAUCGUUACUGCAGUCACUGAAGAUGGGAUGACGUGCAGGGACACUGACAUCUUAACAACAUCUGCUGUAGCGGCAUGAUCAUGGACUGACGUCUUAAGAAAAGCUGCAAUGGCUACAGUACGUAUGAUGAGUCCAAGGAAAGAAGAUUGCCCACCUUGAGAUUCUGCCCGAUUACAACAGCAACAGUGAUGAGCUUAUCACAUAACCUCUCCAGCGACUACAUCAGGGCGGCCUUAUGAACAUCUUGUGCAUGUCUGCGGUGACUACAGAAGUGACGUUGGACCAUUCUCUCGCCAGGUCCACCAUGUGUGCAUCUCAAGCAACGUCAGUAAACAUCAUAAUAGAACUAAUCUCCAAGCAG